UCUCUGCCUGACCAACACACACCUGCUCACCUUUGCUUCGACGCAUUCUUAUAUGCAGGUAUAGUUCGGGUAUUGGGAUCUUUAGCUAUUUAAACUGGACACAAACCACACUGCGUGCGCACACACACACACACGCACACACACACACACGCACACACACACACACGCACACUGUGCUUCCCUUGUACUCUUUGUGAUUUGUGAAAGAAGACCACAAUGGCGCCAUCAGUUCUGCAGAACGGUGGAUUCAUUUUGGGCUUGAUCGGUGCCGCAGCCCUCAUCGCGGCCACGGCCAUGAACAAGUGGAGUGUCAAGGACAGGCAGGGGGAAGUGGUGACGUCUGUUUAUACCUACAAGGGUCUGUGGCAGGACUGUGAGACAGCGUCCUCUGGAUUCACUGAGUGUCGCCCGCUCUAUGGCAUCCUGGGCUUCUCAGGUGCCUUCCAGGCUGUGCGAGCCCUGAUGAUAGUGGGUGUGGUGCUGAGCGUGCUCGGGGCGGUGAUAGCAGUCUUCUCCCUGACGUGCCUCACGAUGAACAGCAUGGAGGACACCACCAAGGCCAAGAUGAGCCUCACGGCAGGAAUCAUGUUCAUCAUCUCUGGUGUGUGUGGCAUUGCAGGAGCUUCUAUGUACGCCAAUCAGAUCGUGGCCAGUUACAGGUUGUCCACCUACUCCAACUAUAGAGGAGGAAUGAUGCAGGAAGGGUUGGGGUUUGGAGGAGGACUUGGAGGAGGAAUAGGAGGAGUACCCACAUACACGUUUGGCCCUGCACUGUUUAUAGCCUGGAUAGGAGGGGGCGUCCUGCUCAUUGGUGGCGUCUUGAAGUCACUGGCUUUCAGGGAAAUGGUGAAAGAUGAAAAGCAACGUUACCCCGGGGUUGCUUACAAACCCCAGUCCCGCACCAAGACCGACCCGGGUGAUCAGCAUUCAGAGGGCGGCAAGAGAGAACAGAACUAUGUGUAACUUCAACCGCAGCCUCCGCACUGAUAAUUGUUUUUGCUGAAGUGUGUGAUUUUUAGCCAUUUGAUUCUUGGAUGUUUUUUUUUUUACUCAUAUACACAUUUGAUCUUUACUGUCUGAUAAUAGAAGCCUAUACUGUCUCACAUCCAAACAGGCCCAACAGAUAUAUAUAUAUAUAAAAAAAAAAAAGAGUUGUGGCAAAAUAUUUAGUUUUCUUACUGGUCACAAGAUAUUUAUAAAAGCACAGACUGUAUGUAAUUGAAGCUUUUUUUUUUUUUUACUUCAUUUUGUUUUUGUUCAAUCAUUUUAUUUUUAUGUUUGGAAAUAAAACACCGAUUUCUGAAAUACG